CCACCUUCGUGGUGUCACUUCCAGGUUCCGGGAGCAUUUCCGGGUCGUCCGCCGAACUCUGCGGUUUCGCGGCGGCCGAAGAAGUGGUCGGCGAAGUAGGGACCUCCUUCCUGGCCGCUUGCCGCGCCGCUUCUGUCCGCGCCGCGGCGGGAAGCGCCUUCCCCACAGGACAUCAAUGCAAGCCUGAAUAAGAAGAGCACUUUCUUCCUUCUGAGCCAUGGCAUAUCAGUUGUACAGAAAUACGACUUUGGGGAACAGCCUUCAGGAGAGCCUAGACGAGCUCAUUCAGUCUCAACAGAUCACCCCUCAACUUGCCCUUCAAGUUCUACUUCAGUUUGAUAAGGCUAUAAACUCAGCAUUGGCUCAGAGGGUCAGGAACAGAGUCAAUUUCCGGGGCUCUCUAAAUACGUACAGAUUCUGUGAUAAUGUGUGGACUUUUGUAUUGAAUGAUGUGGAAUUCCGAGAGGUGACAGAACUUAUUAAAGUGGAUAAAGUGAAAAUUGUAGCCUGUGACGGUAAAAAUACUGGCUCCAAUACUACAGAAUGAGUGGAAAAAUGGCUCUUUUUUAUGCCAUCUUCUGUUGUUACUCAUUGCUUUUUGAAAAGAAGCAUAGAAGAGACUUUUUUUAUUUAUUCUAGCACUGCAGAAAUGACUACACUGUGCUAUACGCAGAAUUCCAGCAAAAAGAAGCUUGUAACUGUAGCCUCUUACAUUACCUUUAUUAUACAGCAUGAAGAAUAUAACUUUUUUUUAAUGACAAAUCAAAAGUUGUUGCCUUCCUAAGAACAUUCUUUAAUAAACUCAUUUUAAAACUCAA